ACUCCCAGAGUGACGCAGGAGGGAGCUCAGGGCGGAACUGGCAGGCGCGCGGACUACGGCGGCCGGCAGGGGGCGGUGGCGGUCGUUGGCCCAGGGUCCGGAGGCGGGGCCGCGGGCCUCAGGCGCUACGAGCCCGGCGGGCCACGACUCGGCCGCAGCAGGGUGCAGGCUGAGGCCAUGGGCGACCGCGGCGGGGCGGGCGGCUCCCGGCGCCGGAGGACGGGGUCGCGGGCCUUGAGCCAGGGCAGCGGCGGGCCCGUGGCUGCGGAAGAGGAGGUGAGAGACAUGGGCGCCGGGGGAGACGCGCCGGCCCCGGACAAGGACAAGGACGGAGACGACGACGUGGGCAGCGGCCACUGGGAUCUGAGGUGCCACCACCUCCAGGAUUCUUUGUUCAGCUCUGACAGUGGCUUUAGCAACUACCGUGGCAUCUUGAAUUGGUGUGUGGUGAUGCUGAUCUUGAGCAAUGCACGGUUAUUUUUAGAGAACCUCAUCAAGUACGGCAUCCUGGUGGACCCCAUCCAGGUGGUGUCUCUGUUCCUGAAGGACCCCUACAGCUGGCCUGCCCUGUGCCUGGUUAUUGUGGCCAACGUCUUUGCUGUGGCUGCGUUCCAGGUGGAGAAGCGCCUGGCAGUGGGUGCCCUGACGGAGCAGGCAGGGCUGCUGCUGCAUGUGGUCAACCUGGCCACCAUUCUCUGCUUCCCGGCGGCUGUGGCCUUGCUGCUCGAGUCCAUCACUCCAGUGGGCUCCGUGCUGGCUCUGAUGGUGUACACCAUCCUCUUCCUCAAGCUCUUCUCCUACCGGGAUGUCAACCUGUGGUGCCGAGAGAUCAGGGCUACGAAGGCCAAGGCUAAGGCUGCUUCUUCAGGUAGGGCAGCCAAUGGAGGAGCUGCCCACUGCACGGUGAGCUACCCGGACAACCUGACCUACCGUGAUCUGUACUACUUCCUCUUUGCCCCUACUCUGUGUUACGAGCUCAACUUCCCCCGCUCCCCCCGCAUCCGAAAGCGCUUCCUGCUGCGGCGGCUCCUUGAGAUGCUGUUCUUCACCCAGCUCCAGGUGGGGCUGAUCCAGCAGUGGAUGGUGCCCACCAUCCAGAACUCCAUGAAGCCCUUCAAGGAUAUGGACUACUCACGCAUCAUUGAGCGCCUCCUGAAGCUGGCGGUCCCCAACCACCUCAUCUGGCUCAUCUUCUUCUACUGGCUCUUCCACUCCUGCCUGAACGCCGUGGCUGAGCUCAUGCAGUUUGGAGACCGGGAGUUCUAUCGGGACUGGUGGAACUCUGAGUCCGUCACCUACUUCUGGCAGAACUGGAACAUCCCUGUGCACAAGUGGUGUAGCAGACACUUUUACAAGCCCAUGCUCCGACGAGGCAGCAGCAAGUGGGUAGCCAAGACGGGGGUGUUCCUAGCCUCGGCCUUCUUCCACGAGUACCUGGUGAGCAUCCCCCUGCGCAUGUUCCGCCUCUGGGCCUUCACUGGCAUGAUGGCUCAGAUCCCGCUGGCCUGGAUAGUGAGCCGCUUCUUCCGGGGCAACUACGGCAAUGCAGCUGUGUGGCUGACACUCAUCAUUGGGCAGCCAGUGGCCGUGCUCAUGUAUGUCCACGACUACUACGUGCUCAACCAUGAGGCCCUGACGGCAGGGGCCUGAGCUGCUCUGGGGCCAGCCCUCCUCACUGCCGCCUCCUCAUGUCUGCCUCACUGUCCACAGCUAGAGCCUGCCACUGCCUGUGUUCUGGGGAGGGGGCCUGGCUGCCCACGCCUCCUCUCGGCCACCGGGAGGUCUCUCUGCCCCUAUGGGGCUCCCUCCUAUCGCCUCAGGGAUGGCGGAUGGGGCACAGGCCAGUGCCAGCAGGUGCCAGUGCCCUAGGAAUCCGUGCUGAUCCUGCCCGAGGGUCUGAGGAUAUCAAUAAAAUGCUGUCCAGAGUGA